UGCUGGUGUUCGCAGCCGCCGCCGCGCCGCCGUCGCUCUCCAACGCCAGCGCCGCCUCUAGCUCGCCGAGCUCCAGCCGAAGGAGAAGGGGGGUAAGUAAGGAGGUCUCUAUACCAUGGCUCGUACAAAGCAGACUGCCCGCAAAUCGACCGGUGGUAAAGCACCGAGGAAGCAACUCGCUACAAAAGCCGCUCGCAAGAGUGCGCCCUCUACUGGAGGGGUGAAGAAACCUCAUCGUUACAGGCCUGGUACUGUGGCACUCCGUGAAAUUAGACGUUAUCAGAAGUCCACUGAACUUCUGAUUCGCAAACUUCCCUUCCAGCGUCUGGUGCGGGAAAUUGCUCAGGACUUCAAAACAGAUCUGCGCUUCCAGAGUGCAGCUAUUGAUGCUUUGCAGGAGGCAAGUGAGGCCUAUCUGGUUGGCCUUUUUGAAGACACCAACCUGUGUGCUAUCCAUGCCAAACGUGUAACAAUUAUGCCAAAAGACAUCCAGCUAGCACGCCGCAUACGUGGAGAACGUGCUUAAGAAUCCACUAUGAUGGGAAACAUUUCAUUCUUUAAAAAAAAAAAAAAAAAUUCUCUUCUUCCUGUUAUUGGUAGUUCUGAACGUUAGAUAUUUUUUUUCCAUGGGGUCAAAAGGUACCUAAGUAUAUGAUUGCAAGUGGAAAAUAGGGGACAGAAAUCAGGUAUUGGCAGUUUUUCCAUUUUCAUUUGUGUGUGAAUUUUUAAUAUAAAUGCGGGGACAUAAAGCAUUAAUGAAAGUCAAAA